AUGAGCACUUUCUUCUCUGAGAUGGUGUGGCUCUGCCUAGCUGUCACUGCGGUGCUGGGGGGGACAGUUCUUUGCAAAUACAAGAAGAGCCCAGGGCAGGUGGGGAGUCUGGCGGUCUGCCUCGCUGGCCUCUGGGGAGUGGCUUGCCUGCUUAGCUGGUCCCUCUUCUGGGGCUUGCUCUUCCUCUCCUUGUCCUGUUUCCUUGUGCAUACUUACUUCUCUGGCCAAGCGUUGUUACCUGUUGAUGGGAAGGCAGUCCUGGUGACAGGUAGUGAUUCCGGGAUUGGCCACGCUUUGUCCAAGUAUCUGGACACACUGGGCUUCACAGUAUUCGCCGGAGUUUUGAAUGAAAAGGGCUCAGGAGCGGAGGAGUUGCGAAGAACCUGCUCCGAGCGCCUGUCGGUGCUCCAGCUGGACAUCACCAACCCGGAGCAGAUUAAAGCUGCUUACAGCAAAGUUGUAGACAAGGUGCAGGACAGAGGACUGUGGGCUGUGGUCAACAAUGCCGGGAUCAUUGGCUUCCCAGGCGAUGGAGAGCUCGUUCCCAUGACCAUCUACAGGCAAUGCAUGGCCGUGAAUUUCUUUGGAGCUGUGGAAGUUACGAAGACCUUUCUGCCUCUUCUUAGGAGAGCCAAGGGGAGGUUGGUGAAUAUCAGCAGCAUGGCAGGGGGCGUCCCAUUAAAAAAGUUGGCAGCCUAUAGCUCAUCGAAGGCAGCUCUGACCAUGUUUUCAUCAGUUAUGAGACAGGAGCUUUCCAAAUGGGAAAUUAAAGUCUCUGUCAUCCAACCCGGAGGCUUUCGAACGGGUAUUGCAGGCACGAUUGACAUGUGGGACAAGCAGGAGAAGAACUUACUGGACCACCUGAGUCCUGAAGUGCAGGAAGACUACGGCCAGGACUAUAUCCUGGCGCAGAGGAACCUGCUUGGCUACAUUGACAAGUGCUCCAGAACGGAUAUCUCCCCAGUGCUCCGGGAUGUCCAUCAUGCUGUCCGCGCUAAGAGCCCCUCUGCCUUUUAUGCGCCAGGAAGACCGUCUUACCUGAUGCUCUGCUUUGUCUCCCUUUCCCCUACCAGCCUAUUUGAUUACGUUACAGAAAAUAUGUUUAGCUCAGGAAAUCUCAAGCCCAGAGCUCUAAGCAUGCCUAAAUUGAAGAAUAAGGCCAUGUAG